AGUUUUAAAUGCCCAUGUUAUUGAAUGAAAUGAGUGAUUGCACUCAGUAUAUUCAAUGUGCUAUUACUGCUGUAUCUUGCUUUGGUAGUGCACCUUAAGUCUAUGUUUAUGUGAUUAAUCGGCGUUUGUGACGAUAUAUUCAUGGAAAUAAAUACAUCUAUUUUCAAUUCGUAAUUGUAUAACUUUAGAAGCAAAAUAGCUUUGAUGCAGAGCUGCACAAUGAUCGACGAUUCUACUAUAAGUAGUUGUGAUCGCUGUCCGAGAUUAGUGGCUUUCGGCAAUGUGCUGCUAGACAUCAGUGUUGAGCUCCACGAAAACAAAAUUCUACAGGAUUUUGAUCUGAAGGAGGAUGACCAGCGGGAAAUUCCAGAGGACAAAUUGGUUCAAUUGGUGGCCGUCGCCGUAGAAACAUGCGGAAGUCCCAACUAUAAUCCUGGUGGGUCUGCACUAAACACGUGUCGAAUUAUGCGCGCGUUAGGCGAGAAGAAUGUGAUUUUUUGUGGUGCUGUCGGUGCUGAUGAGAAUGGCGAGAUAUUGCUGCAAAUUUUGAAAACCUGCUCUCUCAAAACUUGUAUUCAAACACUGCCGGAACAUCCAACUGGAACUUGUAUAUGUCUAAUUAGUGGUGACAAACGGAGUCUCAAUGCCAAUAUUGGCGCUUCACUAUACUUCAAGAAAGAAUUCGUCAUGUCCCGUUGGUGUCAGAGCAAGAUUGGAAACUGCAACUCCGCUGUUCAUGAUGAUAUCAAUGAAGACAUUCGAAUUUUCUACAUCGAAGGAUACUUUAUUCCGGAAAAAUUUCAUAUUUGCAAGUACAUCUAUGAGAAACACUGCAAAGGAACAGCAAAUCUCUUCGUUACUAACUUAAAUGCAACUUACAUUCUGCAGAAUUUCACUCAAGAAAUGAAGUAUUUGGUAGAACAAGCGGAUUUGGUAUUCGGGAAUUUAACGGAGUUUGUUGCCUUGGCAGAAAUAUACCAAUGCGAUAGCGUUGAUGAGCUAACCAAAUGUUUGAUACGGAAAUAUCUAAAACUUAACAGGGAAAAGAUAAUCGUAGCGACAGACGCUAGUCGAUGCGUUCGUUACUAUCACGGUAAUGGAAGUGCAUUUCAUGCAAAAACCUACCAGGUUCCGGUUAUUCCACAAAAGGCGGUUAUUGAUACAACUGGUGCCGGAGAUUCAUUCGUUGCUGGAUUCUUGUACAAAUACAUGAAUGAUGGUUCUGCUACACUCUUGGACUGCAUUCGUUAUGGGAGUAAAGUAGCCGGGAAAGUAAUUCGUCAGGUUGGUUGUAACCUAUCCCCAUCAAUUCAAUCGGCUUCAAGAUCUGUUUCGCCUCUGGUGGAUAAUGUCGUUUAGAUAUUCAACUAGUUUUUUUUUCCUGUGUACAUAAUUGUCCAUGGGUGCACAAGAGUACAUGGUUGUUGCAUAUAAAUGGAAUUUCCAUUUGCUUUUAGGUCAUUUAUCAUUCAUGUUUACUAGGUACUUAAUCAAAUUGUGAAAGUAGACUGAUUUUACAACUUACUGCUUACGGUAGGUGGUGUGCUUUAAUUAUGUGUUAAAAAAUAAAAAUAUUUUUGAAAAAAAAAUAAUUUAUUCAUUUAAAACUCAGUUUAAACUCAGUUGCACAUUCAUCACUU